UAUGAACUGCAAAUCUGCUAUAAAUGGUAAAGCGGCUAAUAGAGAAAAAAGUCAAAUCUAUCCCAGAACUGCAGUAAUAGAUUUAAGAAAAGAUGCUGUAUACGACAUCUUGGCGGGAAAUGUUACAAAGAUACCUGAAAAAAAAACAAAAUAUUAUUUCAUUUCAUUUCAAUUCAAUGAAUACUUCGAAAUAGAUAUGAAGGCGGAGAGAAAUUAUUUUAUUAAUAAUAUUUAUCCGGAACUGAUCGAAAAAUGCUUAGAAUCCAACUUAGAUUUUAAUGUAAUCGAUAUGAGAUGGGGAGUAACUGAUUCUGCGACUAAUGAACACUCUGUUACUGAUUUAUGCUUAGGAGAAGUUGACGCCUGUAAAAAUGCAUCUAUAUCAGCAAAUUUCGUUGUAGGUUUUAUUAAAAUAAAUGAUACAUUAAUUGGAGAUCGCUACGGAUUCCGGCCUAUUCCUAAUAGAAUUGAAAAGAGCGAAUUUGACAUACUACUUGAAGAGGCUCUUGAGAUUAAAUCCAAUUCACAGUUACUAUUAACUUGGUAUAGACUGGAUAAAAACACUAUACCUCAAUGUUACCGACUACAGGCGAUAACCACAAAAUUACCGGAUUUUGGUAACGAGCGUAAACCGGAAAGGGCUAGAAAAGCAACAGAUUCCUGGAAUAAUAUUUAUCUAAAACUUACUACCACUUUGAGAGAAUGUUCAGAAAGUGCGUUUAAAAAAAAUAGAAUUGAUGAGAAAUCGAAACGGCGUUAUUUUAUUAGCGUCACUGAGUUAGAGAUCGAAAAGGGUCUAGAAGAUCAUAAUAAAUUUAAUAUUAUAUCUUAUACUAGAACAUUUCAAGGGCUAGAUCCGCAUUAUGUGAAUGAAGCUACGGCUGAGAGAUUUAUUGACUGUAAAACAAGAGAUAGUAAAUUGAGCGUGGAUGAAGAAGUCAGAGAACUGAGGCGAGAACUAAAAGAAAACUUUAUAGUAGAGAAUAUACCAAAGUCUAAUCGAAGGCACUUCGACUUGUCCUGGAAGCCGGGCGGUGUCGAUGAGAAAAAUAAUACAGAGCAUAGAAACUACUUAAGAGCACUUGGAGAUGAUUUUAAAACUAGGAUUUUGAAUGAAAUUAAAAAAUUUAAUACCGGAAAUGCUCUCAAUUCAAAAUAUAAGGGAUUCUAUUCAUCAAUUUCCGAAAUACAAUGCCAUAUAAGAUUUGCAUUUGAAAAGACUAAAUAUUUUUGUGGUCAAGAUAAGGAAUUGAAUAGAAUUCGAAGGUGCUUAGAACGCAAUCAAUCGAAUAAUUUAGUCCUCUUCGGUAAAUCGGGAGUUGGGAAGACUAGUCUUUUAGCGAAAAUAUUCUUAAGCCUAAAUAAGUGGAUGACAAAUGACACAAUUAAAAUUAUUCGAUUUUUGGGCACAACAGCUGAAACUAGCAGUUCAUUUUCGUUAGUGAAAUCGGUAACUGAGCAAUUACUGGAUUAUUUUUCAAUAAUUCCGGAACCCUUUUGGAAUAAAACAUUAGCAAAACUAUCCUCUUAUUUUCCAAGACUUCUGAGAAGGAUCUCCAGGAAACUUUCUAAUCAAAGAUUAAUUAUCAUAUUGGACUCUUUAGAUCAGUUAACGAAUAACGUCGACUCAAUUCAGAAAUGGUUACCUUCCUCGCUGCCUCAAAAUAUAUCUUUGAUAGUAUCAGUUCUGGAUGAGAAUAUUUACAUGAAAGGCCUUAAAACGAUUAUAACUAAGGAGAAUGCAUAUAUAAAGCUCGAGUCACUUCCGAAAGAAACUGCAGAACUCGUUAUGAAUAAAUAUCUUUCGGAAAAGAAACAUACACUUACUGAACUCCAGAGGAUAAUAAUUUUACAAAGUCUACAAUACUCUUCAACACCUCUUUUUCUAAUGGUACAAUUGAAUCGAUCACUCUAUUGGACGAGUUACACGUCUGCUUCGUCUAUACCUCUUCUCAAUUCCGUAAAUGAGGCCAUUAACAAUAUAUUCGAUCAAAUUGAACUUAAAAUUGGAAAGCUAGUCACUGCAAGAAUAUUAGGUUUGUUAAGUGUUUCUCUCAAUGGUUUGACAAUAGCGGAAUUGGAAGAUAUCUUAUCGUUGGACGAUCAAGUUUUAAAUGAACUCUUUCAAUAUCACGACCCACCUUAUGAAGGCAUCGUACGAUUUCCUCAGUUUAUUAUAAUUCGAUUAUUAGGAGAGUUAAGGGAUUAUCUUUCUGAAAGAUCGUCUUUUAAGAGAACUACUAUUGCAUGGUAUCAUAAACAGUUUAAAAUAGCGGCUUUAGAGAGAUAUACAUCGGAUAAAGAGUUUUUUAGAUUGAAUGAUCAAUUAGCUCAAUAUUUUAUGAUACAAGAUCAAGUUCAAAGAGAUAUUUAUUUAGAAUAUAGACGAAAGACAAUAAAAGAGGCGAAUAGAGCUAUAAGAAUAGAAAAGUUCUCAGUGAAUAAUAGAAGAAAGUCUGAAUGCGUCAUUUAUCAUCUAAGGAAAGCUAAAAACUUUGAGAUACUUAAAACCAAAGUGUUCUGCAAUCUUGAUUUCCUUUUUUGUCGAAUGGAGUUUCUUGUUUCUGAUCUUCAAACCAUUGCACAACAAUCCGAUGAUCUGGAGUUGGAAACACUAAAAGAAUGUAUUAAUACUGCUAGGGACAGUGCAAAAUCAUUUAACAAGCAAUCGCUAGCGACUCAAUUAUGCUGUAGAUUACCUCUUGAUUCUCAUAACCUUCCCAAUUUGUACAAACUAUCGUAUCAAUGCAAAGAAUAUCUCCAAUCACUAUCUACUUUUCAAAUAAUACCCCUGUCACCCGCUUUAGCUGAUCACGAAUCUGUUAUCUGCAACAUUUCACAAGCCAGCUCGAAUGUAAAUUUACAUUAUUCCAGAGUAUGGUUCCUAAUUAAAAAGUCAAAUGAAAAACACAAUUAUACGUUAGUUAAUAGUAAAACUGGCUAUACAAAAACCAUAGUGAGUAAAACGUUACCAGUUUGUUGCGAUAGAGUUGUAUGCUUUGUAGCGGAGAAUGGAGAUGUAAUCGUUAAUGAGAAUACAUCUGAUUGUAUACAAAUAAUUCACAAGACUACAGAAUCGAUUGUUUCUUUGGCUAUCACAGAAAAUGGAAGAAUUUGCUUUGCCUCCUCAACAAAUGUAAAACUCUUUCUUCCUACAGGGAAAAGUUUACAAUACUCGAUGACCAAUUUCCCUCUGCCAGUGUCGACGAAAAAUCCAAAAUUAGUUAAUUUCUUAACUGAAGAUAAAAUAAUUUACACUGCCGAACUGGAAAGCGAACAUCGAAAGGUUAAAAAAGUACUUGUCAUACAGAAUUUUUCGUCAAGCGGAUCCUGUAAUACAUUACCUCUUCCGGAAAAUGUUUCGAAUCUUAAAAUCUCAGCGAGUCAAUAUCACGUCUGUUUAAUGUUUAGUGAAGCAAGAUCCAACUGCAUUGCAAUUGUAGCGGUAAUCGACUGCCAAAUCCUACGAACAAUAGCUUUUCCAAGGAAAAUAAAACAUUGUGAAAUUUCGUUUAGUGGGCGUCUAAUCAUUGCUUUGGAUGUUUUAAAUUAUGUUCAUUUAGCGGAAAACGAUACAGUUUAUGAACAAAUCAUGUCGAAUAUAUCAGCUAUUUCGUACGACGUUGAAACUAAUCAGUUGGUUAUAUCGGAUGAUUUAGGUAAUAUAAAGCUUUUCAACAUCAUCAAUCGCCAAUUUCAAACAACAAAGAAGAUGGCAUUUUCGGCUAUCGAGCAUCUUUCAUUUGUUGAUAACGGUACAAAAUUAGUAACCAUAAUUGCUAAUCAGUGCAAAGUAUGGUACUGGAAAAAAUUUUUACAGCAAACUCUUAGAAAACGGGCCAGUAUGAUGCAAAUUGAUAAAUCGAAAGACAUUUUUACUCAAAAAUCCAUUAAAUUUUGCAUUACUAACGUAAAGCGUAACGAGUCGGAAUUGUUUUUAUCUAGUGAAAGUGGGCUUGGCAAGUAUAUCUUACCCCAAGGUGUUCUUCAACAAAUCUACGCAUGUUCACAUGAUUGUAACAAGGUUCUUCUUACCUGUGAAAGAAACAUAAUUAUUGGUUUAAAUUUAGACGGUAAUAUGACCAUAUGGGAAGUAACUACUGGUAAGAAGAUUGACUUUCCUUUAAAGAACAUCACUAUUCUACGGGCUUUAGUUUCUCCAAUUGAAUCAACUGUCUUCCUACUUGCAUCACAACCGAAUCGGUCAAUCCAAUUAAUCACUUGGGCGAGUUCAAAUAAUAAGAUAAUACAGCAAGUAAACCUGUCUAGAAUAUCCCAAGAUGAAUUAAAUAGCUUAAAUGAUGAUAGACUAAAAAUAACUAGAUCUGGACGUCAUAUAGUUAUGAAAAUCUCUUCAAAACAAUUCCAAAAGUCUAACGAAGCUAUAUUAGGUCAUAAACUGAUAACUUACGAUACUCAGUCAACAGUCGGUGAUGCUAUAACGUGUAAGCGUAAUUCUUCCAAAUACCCUCUAAACGUUGAACAAUUUGAAGUUUUCGACGAGAAUAAACUAAUCUUAUCAUGUGGACCGGAAGUUAUUAUCUAUAACGCACUUUUAGCUCAGUGUGAACAAUCAAUUGACAUGUCACAGAAGCAAAUUACAAACAAGUAAAUUUUUUUAUUAAUAAUUAAGAAAAAGUAACGAUCUUUUCUCCUCUAUUUCUUACAUUAAGCCUUUUGUUGUAUAUCAAUGUUUUUCAGUAUAAACAUACCAUCUUCCAUUAUCUCCAUCCAAUCAACAAUAGACAAACAUCAUGUUUUAUUUUCAACAAACCAUGGAAAUAUAUUCUCUUUACAACAAAACAAUGGGAAAAAGAUUCAGUCAGCUUUAUAUGGUGUUUGUCAAAGCCCUAAG